GCUGAACUGGUGUAAUAUAUUGAAGUAAGACAAAUAUACGUUUUCUUACUCUAACUUAUUGCACUAGUUCAGCAGUGCAGCUACAAAGAACAGACUUUCGAUCUACUUCGUGUCAGUUGAGUACAGCGACAUAACCUAAAAUCAACGGUGUACUUUGCGUUGCUUGGAAUAUUUGGAGAAAAGAUAUAUUUUAGUGAAUAUCAAUCGCACGGUGUUGAAGCUGCGAAAUGUCGGAGCGCAAAGUAUUGAACAAAUACUACCCGCCGGAUUUCGAUCCGUCGAAGAUCCCGCGCAUGAAAUUGGCGAGAAAUCGCCAAUACACCGUACGAUUGAUGGCGCCGUUCAACAUGAGAUGUAAAACAUGCGGUGAAUAUAUCUACAAGGGCAAGAAAUUUAAUGCGCGUAAGGAGGACGUCGAGGGCGACGAUUACCUGGGCAUACGCAUUUACAGGUUUUACAUCAAGUGCACACGCUGCCUGCAAGAGAUAUCCUUCAAGACCGACCCCAAGAACACAGAUUAUGAAAUUGAGGCAGGUGCUACGAGAAACUUCAUGGCGUUGAAGCUGGCAGAGGAGCAAGCGCAGAGAGAAGAAGAUGAGGAAAAGGAAGAGGAGGCCACUAAUCCAAUGAAACUCCUGGAAAAGAGAACGCUGCAGUCAAAACAGGAACUGGAACUUCUGGAGUCCCUAGAGGAAUUGAAGGAUUUAAAUCGCAGACAACAGACCAUAGAUUACGAUCAGAUGUUGCAGCAAUUCGACACAGAGACUAGCAGACAGCGUACAGAAAAAGAACAAGAGGAAUUGGAUGAGCAGUACAUUAAAUCUGUAUUUGGUAAAAGACAGUUAACAGGGACUGUUGUAGAAGAGGAAAUUGAAGAGGUAGAAAACAAAGGAGAAGUAGAAGAAGAAGAAAUUAUGGAACCCCUUCCAAAAGUGCCUAAAAUGAACAAAGUAAAUAGCAGAGAAGCAGACAAUACUGGACAGUCCACAAGACCUUCCAAGAUAUCAUUGUGGUCGGAGAAUAUGGGAUUAUCAUUUGGCAAGAAGAAUUCGUCUGCUUUGAUGAAGAAAGGCAAUAUCGGCAUAAAGAUAAACGCAAAGCCGCCGCAAAAUAAAGUCACGUCCGAAAUCGUGCUUUCUACCGAUAACGAAACCGUCUCGCGGUUGGACGAGACUCAAGACACUCCGACAAGUAUAUCGAAUAUAACAAAUACAGGUACUAAAUCGAAUAACGCAAGCAACGGCCUCUCGCUGUUAGGUGCAUAUUCAGGCAGUAGUGACAAUGAUAGCGAUCAAUAGAGAUAUAAACUAAUAUAUUUCCAAGAUGUACAUAUUUUUAUGUGACGAGAUAAACAUUGUGAUACAAAAUAAACGGGAUCUACAAAUGA